AAUGAACGAGAUUUUACUUAAUUCUUAAUCAUCCAAUUUUUUAAGUGAAGAAGUUAUCAACAAAGCAGCAAAAGAUCCUGAAACAAGAAAUAAUAUCAUUAAAUUUGAAUAGUAAUCAAAAUUUGUAUAAAUUAGUAAAUUGCUAUCAGUAUAUGCACAUAAAUUUUCUAUCAUUUUAUUACCAAAAACUGAAUAAAUUACAGGUAAAUGUUUAGAUAAUAAAAAUAGAAUGGCAUGGAAUGAUUAGUAUUUCAUAUGGAUUAUAUGCUAAAGGAAAAUUUAAAUUUGUAUUAAAUUUCCCUAAAACAUUUCCAGAAUCUAUUCCUAAAAUAAGAUUUCUUUGUCCACUCUUUCAUCCUUUAAUUGAUGAAUAUAAUAAUGUAGAUGUUGAUACACUUAUACCAAAAUGGAAAUAUGGGUAAGAUUGCAUGGUAUAUAAUUUAUUAAAUAAACUAUAUGAAAUGUUUAUUGAUGUAAGUUAUUAUGAUUGUGUCACUUCUUUUAAUCCUAGAGCUGCUCAAUUAUUUUCAAAUGAUAUAAAUUCAUAUGCAGAAGAGGUUAAAAAACAAGUUGCCUUAUCAGAAUAAUAGCUCUAUGAUAAUAGAGAUGAUUUUGUUCUUAAAGUAAAUUAUAUUAUAAAUUCAAUAGUUAAAAGAACCAACUUAUAAUACACAAACAAUUCUAUAAAAAUUACAAGACAUUAAUUCUUCAAAAAAUUUAACAUUUGAAUAAAAGAAAAAGGAUCUACUAAAUUUCAUACUUUAAUAAAGUAAGGAAAACAAAAUAUAAUAAUGA